UGAAAAGUGUAGCAUCAGAGUAAACAGUAAACUCUUUCUGUUCCUAGCUCAACCCAGCAUUCAACAAUCAUUAAUGUGACCUUUAUUUAAACCGUUUAAAGGUUUAUCAAUCAAGAUUUUCAACAUAAAUCGAAAACUUUUUCACCUUUGUGCAAACCAGGUUAAAGUGUCCAGUUUUACAAUUGUGAUUAAAAUGGACAAAGUUGAUUUACAAUAAUAACUUACAAAGAAGGAAAACAAAUACAAGGAGAGAAAAGAUUGAAAUUAGAAAGCGACCAUGAAUAACGAAACUGUCAAUGCCCAAUAUAGCUACGAGAUGCCUAGAAAAGGUGCAAUUCCUUCACCCGAAUCAAGCAUGAGUCCAGGUUAUCCACCAGACUCGGCAUUCCGAGGGAACCCCAACAACAACAACAACAACAACCCUAAUAACCCUAAUAACCAACAUCAUCACCUUCACCAAACAACUGGAUAUGUCACAAAUAACACUGAAAACAAUGGCUUAUGUGCCUACUUUCUAACCGCCAUAUCGGUUGUACUGAUUGUCGUUACAUUACCAUUCUCUCUUAUGUUUUGUAUUAAGGUUGUCCAAGAAUAUGAGAGAGCUGUUAUUUUUAGGUUAGGUCGUUUGCUUAAAGGUGGUGCCCGUGGACCUGGUAUCUUCUUUAUUAUUCCCUGUAUUGAUUCAUAUUGUAAAAUUGAUCUGAGAACAGUGUCCUUUGAUGUUCCUCCUCAAGAGAUCUUAUCUAAGGACUCAGUAACUGUAGCUGUUGAUGCUGUAGUUUAUUAUCGAAUCAGUAAUGCCACUGUUGCCGUUACCAAUGUUGAAGAUUAUGGACGAUCAACCCGUUUAUUGGCCGCUACAACACUCCGAAAUGUACUUGGAACCAAAAACUUAUCUGAACUUCUCAGUGAAAGAGAAUCAAUUAGCCACAUGAUUCAGAGUAGUUUAGAUGAAGCAACCGAUCCUUGGGGAGUAAAAGUCGAACGUGUUGAAGUUAAGGAUGUUCGUUUACCAGUGCAAUUACAAAGAGCCAUGGCUGCUGAGGCUGAAGCUGCUCGGGAAGCUCGAGCUAAAGUUAUUGCUGCUGAAGGAGAGCAAAAGGCUUCAAGAGCUUUGAAAGAAGCUGCCGAUGUUAUUACAGAUUCACCUGCUGCUUUACAAUUACGAUACCUACAAACCCUUUCCUCAAUUGCGGCCGAGAAAAACUCAACAAUAGUAUUCCCUAUUCCAAUGGAAUUAUUUAAAGGACAUAUAACCAUGUGAUUAUUGUCGUAGAAUCUCUGCUCGGUGCACUGAAUCAUGGAAAUAUAUAAUAUAUAUUUUAUUUCUAAGUUAAAAAAAAUGAGAAAAGAGUAAUGCGGGAUUUAAUGCAAUUUUUAUCCCUCUGUAAGCUUAUACCUUAUACCUUUUAUUUGUCAUUCGAAACUGCAUCACACACAAAAAACACACAUCAGCUGUACUCAUUUCUGCCUCGUGUUUUAUUCCGUCGAUGAUUAACAAAAAAAUCAAAAAUUGUAAGACGCUUUUAACAUUUAUACAUUAAUCUUGAGACAGCUUGAUGAGCUCUUUAAGAAACUAGCAAAGCAAUUUAAGAACAAAUUAUUAAUGUUGUGGCUUGUUUCUUUUUUUAUUAUAAUCACCAAUUAACAAUGUUAACACUAACCUGGUCACCUUCAAUGUUACCUAUUUUCAAUAAAAUAUCUUCUUUUUGUACAUAAA